UAUUAUCCUUGUUUAUGACCGUGUCGUAUUGGACUUUGACACUUGUUCACUACAGUUUGGGAAGUGCGUGAUGAUGAUGAUGGGUUUCAACACGCAGGGAACUCCAUAAGAACCUCCAUAACAAACUCCAUAAGAAACUAAACUUUUUUGUGGCCUCGAGGUUCAGACGCUGGUUCCAAACAUGAAUCUACCUCCACCCUCAUACGAUGAGAAAAGGAUAAAGAGUUCGGUUGUACGCAGAGGUGCGUUCAUGAAGCGUGACUGGUCGAAAGAUCAACCUCCUGACCUCGCAAAGGAAGAUUCUUCUACUCGCUCACAAGCACCAGAACCCAACUGUAUGUCCAUGAAGAGCGAUGUAUCUAUCGAGCAACCAAUUUCUUUCCAAAAGGGAAAACCUUUUACUUGGUCAAGGUCAACAGAACCCAGCUGUAUGUCCCUGAAGAACGAUGUAUCUAUUGAGCAACCAAUUUCUUUCCGAAAGGGAGAACCUUUAAGAGCACCAGAAGACAACUUUAUGUCCUUGAAGAGCGAUGUAUCUAUCGAGCAACCAAUUUCUUUCCAAAAGGGAGAACCUUUAAGAGCUCCAGAACCCAGCUGUGUGGCCAUGAAGAACAAUAUAUCUAUUGAGCAACCAAUUUCUUUCCAAAAGGGAGAACCUUUUACUUGGUCAAGUGGCAAAGGUGGACCAGACAUUUUGAAGGAGGUGGAGCACAAGGUUGUUGCUCUGAUAAAGGAAGAGUUGACAAGGUUCUGGAAGCUGUUGAGUCCAUCUUACCCAGCAUGCUCUGAGAGGGAGGUGAACGAUGAGGAGCAGGACAGUGUCAAGGAGGCAGUACUGAAAAUCACACUGCAUGUCCUCAGGAACAUGAAACUUAACGACCUUGCUAACACACUACAGAGCAAAAUGAUAUCCAUGAGCCAGAAGAAAUUAAAAUGUACUCUAAAGAGAAAAUUUCAGUGCAUCAACGAAGGACUUUCAAAACAUGGAAACUCAAAACUUCUCACUGAGAUCUUCACAGAGCUUUACAUCACAGAAGGUGAGAGCGGAGAGAUCAACAAUGAACAUGAAGUGAGACAGAUUGAGGCAAAAGCUGUGAGACCAGUAAGUGAAGACACACCAAUCAAAUGCAAUGAUCUCUUUAAACCCUUACCUGGACCAAAUAAAUCCGUCAGGACCGUGCUAACCAAAGGAGUUGCUGGAAUUGGAAAGACCGUCUCGGUGCAGAAGUUCAUCGUGGACUGGGCUGAAGGAAAAGCGAACAAAGACAUCCACUUCAUAUUUCCACUUCCUUUUAGGGAACUGAAUUUGAUGAAGGAGAAAAAGCUCAGUCUGAUGGACCUUCUUUAUCACUUUUUUCCAGAAACAUCAGGCUUACACGAUUACGAAGCGUACAAAGUUCUGUUUAUCUUUGAUGGUCUGGAUGAAAAUCGUCUUAAUUUGGAUUUUCAGAACAAUGUGAUGUUGUGGGAAAGAACAGAACCUGCUUCGGUGGAUGUGUUGUUGACAAAUCUGAUCAAGGGGAAUCUACUUCCUUCUGCUCUUCUCUGGAUAACAUCUCGACCUGCAGCAGCCCAUCAGAUCCCUCCUGACUGUGUUGACCGGGUUACAGAAGUACGAGGGUUCAGCGACCCUCAGAAAGAGGAGUACUUCAGGAAGAGGAUCCAUGACGACGGACUGGCCAACAGAAUCGUCACACACCUGAGGUCAACAAGGAGCCUGUACAUCAUGUGCCACAUCCCAGUCUUCUGCUGGAUUUCAGCAACUGUUCUAGAGAGAAUGUUGACUGAAGCAGAGAGCAACGAGAUCCCGCAGACUCUGACACAAAUGUUCAUAUACUUCCUGAUCUUUCAGACCAAACACCGCGAUCAAAAGUACAAUGAAAACUGUGAAAUGCGUUUCCACCAAACUAGAGACAGAAUUGUUGCUUUAGGAAAGCUGGCUUUCCAGCAACUGAAAAAAGGCAACCUGAUCUUCUAUGAGGAAGACCUGAGGGAUUGUGGCAUAGACGCCAAAGAAGUGUCAGUGUACUCGGGAGUGUGCACCGAAAUCUUCAGGGAGGAGUUUGGACUCUAUCUGGGGAAGGUGUACUGCUUUGUGCAUCUCAGCGUCCAGGAGUUUCUUGCCGCUUUAUUCGUAUUCAUCACCUUUAGCUCCAGCAAGGCUGAACACUCAGAUGUUGUCAAGAGCAUAGCCAUGACUGACCUGCUCAAAAAAACAGUGGACAAGGCCUUACGUAGUGAGAAUGGUCAUCUGGACCUUUUCCUUCGCUUUCUGCUUGGAAUCUCACUGAAUUCCAAUCAGGCUCUUCUAUGCGGGUUGAUAACACCAUCAGACAGCUCUCAUAGCAAACAGGAAACAGUCAUGUACAUCAAGGAGAAGAUCAGGGAGAAUCCUUCUCCAGAGAAAUCCAUCAAUCUGUUCCAUUGUCUGAAUGAACUGAAUGACCAGUCUCUAGUCCAAGAAGUCCAAAUGUACUUGAACAGAAAACGUCUCAAACGUCUGUCUGGAGUCAGGUUCUCUCCUGCUCACUGGUCAGCUCUGGUGUUUGUGUUGUUGAACUCAGAAGAAAAGCUGGAUGAGUUUAACCUUAGUAAAUAUGACAGAUCAGAGGAAUGUUUCCUCAGGCUGUUGCCAGUCAUCCAAGCAUCCAGAAAGGCUAUUCUGUGUUCGUGUCAACUCACAUUGACAAGCUGUAAAGAACUAGCCUCUGCUCUAAUCUCGAACUCCUCAAAUCUGAGAGAGCUUGACCUGAGCAAAAACGACCUUUACGAUGCAGGAGUGAAUCUGCUCUCUAAGGCUCUAAAGAAUCCACACUGUAAACUGGAGAGUCUAAGGCUGUGUGGCUGUAACAUCACAGAGAAAAGCUGUGGACUUCUGGCUUCAACUUUCAUCUCCAACGACUCGAGUUUGCGACAGCUGAACCUGAGCAACAAUACCCUGAAAGAUUCAGGAAUGAAGAUGCUCUGUGGUGCACUGGACAGUCCAAACUGUAAACUGGAGAGCUUAAAGAUGAGCUGUUGUAGUCUCUCAGAGCAAAGCUGUGAAUUCCUAGCUUCAGCUUUCAGCUCAAACUACUCAAGUCUCCGAGAACUGGACCUGAGCUACAAUAAGCUAGAGGAUUCAGGAAUGAAGAUGCUGUCUGCUGUAUACAAGAUGGAUACGGAUAUUAAACUCGAGGUACUGAAACUCCGGGCUUGCCAUCUCACAGAGAAAAGCUGUUCAGCCCUGGCCUUAAUUCUUAACUCAGAUUCCUCCAGAAUCCAAGAGCUGGACCUGAGUAACAACAAUCUGCAGGAUUCAGUGGUAGAGAUGCUCUUUGCUGCAGAGAAGAAUCCUCACUGCAAACUGGAGACCCUGAGGCUACAGGGUUGCAGUCUGACGGAGAAAAGCAGCUUAGCCCUGGCCUUUCUGAUCAGCUCCAAACUGACAGAACUCGAUCUGGGUAACAAUGAUCUGCGUGAUUCAGGAGUGCAGCUGCUCUCUAAUGGACUGAAGAAUAAACUCUGCAAACUAGAGACGCUGAAGUUAUGUGAUUGCAGGAUCACAGAGGUAGGCUGUGCUGCUCUGUCUUCAGCUCUGAGCUCAAACCCGUCACACUUAAGAGAGUUGGAUCUGAACAGUAAUAAAAUAAGAAACUUGGGAGUAAAGCUGCUUUCUGAGCCCCUGGGGGAUCAGCAAUGUACAUUAAAGAAACUGGGACUGUUUAACUGCGGGAUUACCGAUGAAGGCUGUCCUGCUCUGGUUGCAGCGAUGAUGUCGAACCCAUCACAUCUCAGAGAGCUGAACCUGGCUGGCAACGAUGUGACAGAGUCAGGACUGAAUAUACUGUUUGAUUUAGUGAAAUCUCCUGUCUGUGCCCUGGAGAAAUUAGACUCUGGGAUACCGCAAGUGUGAUCUGCUGAGCUUCUACCACUGAAAAGAUGAUGAAAUGUUCAUCCUGAUUCCAGCAACAGAGCAUAUAAACGCAGACCUACACACACACACACACACACACACACACACACACUACCUGUGUUUAACUGUUAACUGCUAACCAACGAGUUCAUUUUGUGAAUUUAAAGGAUGUUUUUCAUGUUUUUUGCAUAAAAAACAAUCAGACUGUACUUUUAUUUACAGCAUUAAUUCCAAGUAAUUCAACAAUUAAUUCCUUAAUUGUCCACUAGAGGUCACUAAAGAGAUUAAAUAAAAAUUAAAAAUUUAAAUUAAAAAAAGAGAAAAACAAGAGAGAGAAAGAAGGUAACAGAUGCUGUCUUUGCAUCUGGUCAUUAUGAUGCCAGUGUGUUUUCAUCACAGCACAAAAAUGGCAGAGAUUUUUUUCAGACAAAGAUACAGAGGAAGUCUUUUUUACGUGUAAGGAAAAUCAAUAAACCUUACUUUAUUUAUUUAGCAAGUUAUCCAGCUCACCAGAAUUCUGAGCAGCUUUGAUUUGCCCCAUGAACACUUGCUUGCUGCUCUGAUGACAGAGCGAUUGGUUCUGACAGUAGUUUACGAUUUGCUUUUUUCUAUGCGUCAUAUUUUCUUAUACUAGAGAUUAUGUUUUCCUAAUUUAUGUACUGAAUUUUUUUUUAUUAUUUUUUGUUCUGUUCUCUGUACAUAUGUUCUAUCCAGCGAGGCUGAUGCACUCUGUAAAUAAAUAAAUGAAUAAAACGGGUUUUCUGGGUCAGUCACUAAUGUUAUUAACGCUGAACGCCAGCUGCUGGUGGUAGUGCAGUAAAUAAUACACACUACAGGCCGUGUUGGAGUUGAGUUAAGCGCUCAGUGAGGAUUUAACACUGAAAUCAGUAUUCAGACCUCAGAUUUUAUGUUUCGGCUUUAAAUACACUAUAAAAUGUGGCUUUUGAGGGCCAUAUUACAUACGUAAUUAUGACAAUUAAUAAUUUAAUUCUUUCAAAAUGCAUUUGGAGGAGACACAUCUUAAUCAGAGACACUGUUUAUAGCAAUGACCCAAAUUUUUCUGGAUAAAAUAAUGAAUUAAUUUAAAGUGAGCUGAUAAGUGUAGUAUAUAUAUAUAUGUAAGUGCUUGGUCAGCUUAUCCUUCAAACCCUGAGCAUGUUUUCUUUACAGGAGGGCUUCUUAUGGGAAGAAAAGCAGGAGCACCAGGCUGUACUGGGAGUAGGUGAGUAGGUGAUGUCAGUAUCAGGUAACCUCUGUAACCCUGUGUACGUUUUAUUUUUGAAAGCCUGUAAAAGUAUAUAACCACAGAAUAUAUUUCAUUUAGGUGUAAUUAAUGUGUCGUCCACUAGAGGGCACCACAGUAACAAACUAUUCGAUAUAAAGAAACUAGAGAACGUCUCUGCAGGGCCACUUUUUCAUCCUGGUUCUUAAACCUUUCUUUUCCGCACCUACGUGUCGAGAGUCACACUAAAACCUGAGGUCAUGUGAAAUAUACGUAGAAAUUUGUUUUGCACCGUCCCGUGAAGCUACACUGUCCUACAACAUCACAGGAGCCAAAGGCACAAUAA